AUGCUCAAGAAACUCGCCUUCCUCGUCGUCGCCACUUUGGUGACAAUCCAGUCCGUCGCCGCAUUCAGCAUCGACGUGCCUCCCCAGGAACAACGAUGCUUCGUCGAGAUGCUCGACAAGGAUGACAACCUCCACGUCUCCUUUCAGGUCGGCGAUGGAGGCAAUCUCGACAUCGACUUCUGGAUUACAAACCCAAGUGGAGAGUUGGUGGAGGAUGCUCGCAGGUCACCCUCGGAGACAUUCAACCACGUAGCAUUGACCAAGGGAAGAUACGAGUACUGCUUCAGCAACGCCUUCUCGACCGUCACCGACAAGACCCUCAGCUUCAAUGUCAUAGUUGUCAAGGCCUAUGUGGAGGAUACCAGUAAGAGCGUCAAUAGAAGUCGUUGGAUUGCAGCAUAUGCCCGUACUCAUAAAGCGGACCCUUUGGCGAACGAGCUCCGUGAGUUGGCCGCAGGAAUUGAGGAGAUCGUUAACGAGCAGGAAUAUACCAUUGCCCGCGAGCGGACACAUCGCAACACUGCCGAGAGCACAAACUGGCGCGUGAUGUGGUGGUCAUUGUUCCAGUCAGGACUUCUCUUUGUGGUCUGCGCCUUCCAGAUCACCUACCUCAAACGCUUCUUUGAGGUCAAGCGAGUCGUCUAA